UUCAUCUCAGGAAGUGAAAUUCAACCUUAUGGAAAGAAGGUAGAGACUUUCAAAAUAAUUUAAAGAAAAUAAAAAAAUCCUUGCCGCACACAUACAAGUUGAUCUAGAGAUUCCUACCUGGAGCUGGUGAAUAGCCCCUGGUUUUGGGGACGCUAAGUCUUUUGCUUUUGGUUGCAUCGGGAAUCUGAAGUUAGUGCUCAUGAGAAGUAAAAUCGGAGAACCCGGGGUGCUCAGCGUGGCUAAAGAUUGCAGAGGCGGCAGCGAAAAAUCAGACAUUCUCUUUGAAGUAGAGGCUUCAGCUGGGUCCUGUUGUGUGCCCUGGGAACUGAGAGAAAUAGCAGCCAACCUGGGAUAAAAUGCCAGCUAAGGGUAAAUACUUCUUCAAUGAAAACGAUGACUGCAGGAUAACAGACCCUCUCUAUGAGAAGUACCGCUAUACAAGCCAGCAGCAUCCACUCUUGCUAUUGCUGCUCUUCAUUGCAAUCAUCUUCUGGACUACACUAAUUAUCAUCUUUUUUGUCAAAGAUGAAGCAAAUAUGCAUCUUGCCUUCAUUAUUGCAGUAUGUGUUGUUCUGGUCAUAUUUGCAGUCAUGUACUUACUUUUAUGUAUCGAAUCCCUGUUUCGGAGAUGGCUAACAUUAUUUGGAAUUAUGAUUUGGAUUUGCUUCCUAACCAUAGGAUAUAUUCCUCUUCUUGAAAGAGAAAAUGAUUUUUCAGCAUGGGAACAGGUGCCAUUCUUUCUAUUCAUAAUCUUCACAGUUUAUACCAUGCUACCUUUUGGGAUGAGAGAUGCAGUUAUAAUUAGUGUUCUUUCUGCUCUCUCCCAUAUUAUUGUUCUAAGUGUGUUAUCCAAGGAUUCUCAGGCAGACAAGAGAUCCCUUCUGUUUCAGAUACUUGCCAAUGCUGUCAUUUUCCUUUGUGGGAACUUGAUGGGUGCAUUUCACAAACGCCAAAUGCAGGUUGCUUCAUGGGAUUUGUAUAGGUACACGUUAAAGUGCAUUCAGGUCCGAAUGAAACUGAAGAUUGAAAAGAGGCAACAGGAAAAUUUGCUUUUAUCCAUACUGCCAGCUCAUAUAUCUAUGGAAAUGAAGCUAGCAAUCAUAGAGCGACUGAAGGAAACUAAUGAUAAUAGGCAAAUGCAUGACAACAACUUCCACAGUCUGUAUGUAAAAAGACACCAAAAUGUAAGCAUUCUCUAUGCAGACAUUGUGGGAUUUACUCGCCUUGCCAGUGACUGCUCUCCUAAGGAACUAGUAGUAAUGCUGAAUGAACUUUUUGGAAAGUUUGAUCAGAUUGCAAAGGAGAAUGAAUGCAUGAGAAUAAAAAUCCUGGGAGACUGCUACUACUGUGUCUCAGGCCUACCUGUGUCAUUGCCGGUUCAUGCCAGGAACUGUGUUAAAAUGGGACUUGACAUGUGUGAAGCAAUAAAGCAGGUGAGAGAAGCCACAGGUGUGGACAUCAACAUGAGAGUUGGUAUUCAUUCUGGGAACGUGUUGUGCGGUGUGAUCGGCCUGAGGAAGUGGCAGUAUGAUGUCUGGUCUCACGACGUUUCCUUAGCGAACCGCAUGGAGUCUGCGGGCGUACCUGGCCGUGUACACAUCACUGAAGCAACGUUAAAUCACCUAGGCAAAGCUUAUGAAGUAGAAGAAGGAAAUGGACACCUUAGAGAUCCUUACCUUGAAUCCAUGAAUAUCAAAACCUACUUGGUGGUUGAUCCAAGGUCCAAACAGUGCAUAUCAAAUAAUCAUCUCCCUAAAACAAGAGUUAACGAUGGGCUGAAGAUGCGAGCAUCUGUUCGGAUGACACGUUAUUUGGAGUCCUGGGGAGCAGCCAGGCCCUUUGCCCACUUGAACCAUAGAGAAAGCGUGAGCAGUGACUCUUCCACUUCACAAGGAAGGAAAAGAAAGGAAAUACCUUUGUGUUCCACUGGGCGCCAGAGGACUUCCGACAGAAAUUCAUCUCAAAAGGGAAGGAUAGAAGAAGAUAUUUAUGAUGAAAUGAUGUCAACCAUUGAGGGACUCAGUUCAACGAAUCCGUGGUGUAGCAAAUCUGAUGACUUCUAUGGAUUUUCACUGAUAUUUGCAGAACCUGGUCUUGAAAAAGAGUAUCGCACCAUUCCUAUUCUAAAACUGAAGAGUUACUUUGCCUGUGCGAGUUUUGUGUUCUUCUGCAUUUUCCUGAUACAGAUGUUUAUAAUGCCAAAAACUGCAGAACUAGGAACCUCCUUUGGUGUUGUUGCAAUCAUCAUUGUACUUAUUUUGCUUGUAUGCUUUGCUGAGAAAUGUAUGAAGCACUGCUCAGAACGGUGGCUUUUUCUGCGCCAUCUUUGUGCUAUCUCAGAAAAGGUGGAAACAAUGCCUUUACUUAGGCUUCCUUUAGCAGUCAUCACUAUAGGUGCCUUGCUGAUUAUAGCUAUCUUUAACUUGACUGAUAACGUCAGUACUGCAAACUUUACUGGAUCAAAUGAUGUGAAUGGCACCAUCUAUCCUUUUGGAAACACAACUGAAUACUUCGUUGAGGAAACUUAUUAUGCUUACUGCUGCAUUUUGGGGUUCAUUGCUUGCUCAGUAUUUCUUCAAAUGAGCUUCGAACUCAAGGUUCUCCUCCUGUCUGUUGCUGUGACUGUAUACCUCAUCAUUUUCAAUGCUUUUCAAAAGUCUAGGAACUUGAGUGUACCCGUCAACAGUACCAGGCUUUUCAUUGAAGAGCCAAGGAUAAUGAUUAAUAUAUAUCUGGUUCUGUUUUAUGUAACCCUAAUAUUACUUGCAAAACAGAUUGACUAUUACUGUCGACUGGAUUGUCUGUGGAAGAAUAAGUUUAAAAAAGAACAUGAACAGUUUGAAACGAUGGAGAAUGUUAACAGGCUUUUGCUGGAAAAUGUACUUCCAGCACAUGUCGCUGCCUAUUUCAUUGGUGAAAAACGAAAUGAGGACUGGUACCAUCAAUCUUAUGACUGUGUCUGUGUCAUGUUUGCAUCAGUGCCAGAUUUUAAGGUGUUCUAUACUGAAUGUGAUGUCAAUAAAGAAGGUCUGGAAUGCUUGCGGCUGUUAAAUGAAAUCAUUGCUGAUUUUGAUGAGCUCUUGCUAAAACCCAAAUUUAGCGGUGUUGAAAAAAUAAAAACCAUUGGAAGCACUUAUAUGGCAGCAGCUGGCCUCAGUGUUACACCAGGCCAAGAGAACAACCAGGAUAAGGAGAGACAGCAUGCACACAUUGGGAUUAUGGUGGAAUAUGGAAUUGCCUUGAUGAGUAAACUGGAUGGAAUCAACCGACAUUCCUUUAACAAUUUCCGCUUACGUAUUGGGAUAAAUCAUGGCCCUGUGAUUGCUGGUGUAAUCGGUGCUCGGAAACCACAGUAUGAUAUUUGGGGCAACACUGUUAAUGUUGCUAGCAGAAUGGAGAGUACAGGGGAACUUGGAAAAAUCCAGGUCACAGAAGAAACAAGUAGAAUACUACAGGAGCUGGGAUAUUCAUGUGAAUGUAGGGGACUCAUUAAUGUCAAAGGCAAGGGAGAACUGAGGACUUACUUUGUUUGCACCGAGACAGCCAAAUUCCAAGGUAUUGGACUGAACUGAGGCUAUGACAAAGUUAAUCAAAGUAGACUUAGAACUGCCUCCCUUCUGUGAAGACUUAGAACUUCCCUCCUUAUGUAAAGGAGAUUAUUCAAAACCAUAUAUACUAUUCAUACUUCUUCUACAUCUAAAGAUAGGAGAAUGUUGUUGUGUUUGUUGUUUUUUGAAAGAAAUUCUGAGAAGUUUGUAGAAGACAUGGAACCACCAGUUUGAAAAAGUCUGCCUUUUCCCAAAGUUAUUUGAGGAGUUACCUGGAAUUUGCAUGAAGCAUUUUCGGUUAGUUCCUUUCCUUCCCUGCACUGUGAGAGUCUAACAGCUCCAGUAACAACCUGUGUGGAUGCACUGUAGAACUCCUUAUCACCUUAAAACAUUCCACUGCUUCAUUCUUUGUCACACCUGCACACAGUAUUGCAUUUGUCACAGACAUACUGAGAUGAUACUCCGGGCACCGCAUACCCUGCUUUUAAUGCUAAACAAACUUCAUGGCAGAAGACAGCUGAAUAACAGAAAAAGAAAUGCAAGUAAACUCCAAUAUAUCAUAUGAUAAUUGUGCUGAGCUCCUUUGGUUGUGGAGGGAAUUAAUUGCACAGUUUGGAUCCCUUCUUCAUUAUCUUAUCUUCUACAGUAGUACAAAUAUUUUUCCUUACCAGCAGCUGUUCAGAAAUCUUUAAACUAGUUCAGAGUGUUUACAUUCUAAUACAUAUUGUCCUUUGUAUUUUUGUGCUUCUGUAUUUAGCAUCUGCAUGCAGAUUUUGUACAGUCGCAUAGGAGAAUGUUCUUUAAAAAUACUGGCUUGAAAUUUCAAAAAAAAAAAGAAAACUAAUCUUGAGGAGCACUGCGCACCUGCAUUUAUGCUGAAUGCUUGGUUAGACAAGCUCUGAUAAUGGCCUGUAUCACUGACAUCUAGCUGGAAUUCUGCAUACUGACUGUGUUCUUGAGGGCAGUUUUGAAUAGUUUAGAAACUGAAAAACAAAACUAAUAAAAUAGUAACUGUUACUGUUUCUAAUACUGGACAAACAGAACUGCAACUGAGAUGGGUUUUCUUUUUUUCUUCCUUUUUUUUCUAUUUUUGUUUCUUCAAUUUGACUAGCUACUUGCUGGUUUGAAUUCCUUUGAAAUGCAAUGCAGUUUAUGAAACAGUUUGGUUUUUAAAAUUAUGAAAGGAAGUGUGGAAAAACAUGCUUAAUGGAAACGUUUCAGCAGAGCCUCGAUAAUGAAAGUAUGCUUGGUGCAUUGGUAAGAUGAUCAUGGAAAUCGGCUUGCUCUUAGUUUGUAAAGUAUUUAAGGUGUUAAUAGCUUUGGCAAAAUUCUAAAUUAGUAUUUUUCUACUUCUUGUAAUCAAUCUAUUUUCUGUUGGUGGAAUGAUGGUAUUUUAUAACAACAUCUCGUGCCUAAAUGUAUGCAUUAACUAAGGAUGAAUUCUCCCCUUACCCCUUCAUACCACAUGGAGUAUGACUAAACAGCACAGUGAUCUGUAAGCUAUACAUCUGCUUUGUUAAUCCUUACUCCUCUACAAACAAAGCAGCACUUACUAAUCUUUGGGUUUACUACUAAACUAUACUGGAAAAGUUUUUAACAAGCAGUCAUAUGCAUUACUGCCACUUUCUAAUUACUGUGUAAUUUCUUUAGAAGAUGAAGUGACUAUGUUUCAAGACAGAAACAAAUCUAGAUAUUGUCCAACUGUGGAUUAAAACUUGUGCUUACAGCCUUUUUCAAUUUGGUAGGUCAAAACUGUGUCUGUAGUAAGCCUCCGACAGGAAAUCACGUUAGAAAACUUUAGUUCGAGGUUGUCUGGGUCAUGUAUGGACUCGGCUGAAGAAGGAAGUUUCAGACUUGGCAUCUUGUCAGUAUCAGAUCAGUGUUGCAAUUGAAUAAACUUUCAAACAGCUUUUGCUACUCUUGUAUGUUGUGCAUUUGUAGUAACAGAUGCUCAGCAAGCAUUUAUCUUGAGAUAUUUAUUGUUUUAUAAGGACCAUGCAUGUGUCAAAGUCUCCUUUCAGCAGUCUUUGAUGUCAUAUGUUACGUAAAGUCACAACUUGCAUCUAAUAUAUUUUGCAAAGUGCAUUAUGCCUAUAGAUAGAGCUGGCUCUGAAGUGUUUCUGUUCACAGAACUAGUAGAAUGUAGGUGUAAGUUAUCUAUGAAAAAAUUGGCUGUCUGUAACAGCAUUUUGAAAUGCUUUUGUUUACAUUAUAUUGCCUAUCAGGCUAGUAACUUGCUUGGGCAUAACUUAAACUUAACCUCAUUUACAGAAGUGGUAUAAAAAGCUGUAGCUUUUGAACUGGAAUGAGUAGUUUGUUUGUUUUCUUUUCGUCAUGGUUUUAAAAGGACAUUGUGUACUUACACUGCUCACUGAAUUUUAGCUUAUGUAAUGGAGAAAGUUGGAAAACACACGUAAAGAAAAAGGGGUUAUAUCUGAGAAUGACUUUGACUUAGCAGAACUGGAAGUGUAUACUAAGAAAGCUAUAUUCAACCAGAGAAUAAGUUCAAUUUAAAUGGCAACUGUCUUUAAGUAAUUGUUUUUAGCAGCCGUUUCUUGAGAACUGUGAAACUUAAGAUUGAAGAAGUAAUCUUGUUUGAAAAUCUUUACAGCAUUAUUGUGGUUUUUUGAACUGUAAAAAUGGCAUUGAAUCUAAUUUGAAGAGCUAAUAACGUGUUUUGAAUUAGCAAUCUAUUUUAAAGAACAAACUUUUCUUUUUACCAUUAAAUAAAGAACUUCCUGAAA